GGCCCCGGCUCCCCUCUCCGCCACCCCGCGCGCCCCCACCUCUUCUGGCGCCGCGGGGAACAUGCGGCUCCGCUCCCGGAGGCCGGCGAGUGAGUGACCCGCGUCCCCACCGCAGCCCGCCCGCCCGCUGGCCCGGCCUCUCCCCCCCCGCCUCGCCCAGGCAAUGACAGCGGCUCCGGCGUCCCCGCAGCAGAUCAGAGACCGGCUGCUGCAGGCCAUCGACGCCCAGAGCAACAUCCGGAACAUGGUGACGGUGUUGGAAGUCAUCUCCAGCCUGGAGAGGUACCCCAUUACCAAAGAGGCACUAGAGGAGACGCGGCUGGGGAAGCUCAUCAACGACGUCCGCAAGAAGACCCAGAAUGAGGAGCUCGCCAAGCGCGCCAAGAGGCUGCUGCGGAGCUGGCAGAAGCUCAUUGAGCCUGUGCAUGCACACCAGAAUGAGGCAGCACUGCGGGGACUGCCAGGGGUCCCCGGCUCAGCCAAUGGGGGCACACAUAACUGCCGGCCCGAGGUGGGAAUGGCUGGUGCACCCAAGAGCAUCCAUGACCUGAAGAAGCGGAAUGACAUCCAGAGGCUGCCUGGGCAGCGUCUGGACAGGCUAGGCAGCCGCAAGCGUCGUGGGGACCAGCGCGACCUGGGCCACCCUGGACCACCUCCCAAGGUUGCCAAAGCUAGUCACGAACCCCAGGUCCCCAACUCAUCCCCCCUCCCCACCAACGGCCUCAGCGGGAGUCCAGAAAGCUUGCCCAGCCCCCUGGACAGCAGCAGGCAUCCAGGUCCCGAGGGUGGUCGCCUGGAGCCUAGUGAGAAUGACAAGCACAGUGUCAAGAUCCCCAUCAAUGCAGUGCGGCCGCACCCCACCUCCCCUGGCCCGGGCAAGCCCCUGGGGCCUUGCUUGCAAACAAAGGCUUUGGUGCUGCAACAGCUGGACAGGGUGGAUGAGACCCCUGGCCCACCCCACCCCCGGGGGCCGCCUCGCUGCUCCUUCAGCCCCCGGAACUCACGACACGAGGGCUCCUUUGCCGGGCAGCGGAGCCCGUGUGCCCCCAAGGGCUCAGUGCCCAGCCCUUCUCCGCGGCCCCAGUCCCUCGAUGCCACGCAGGUGCCCUCGCCCCUGCCACAGGCCCAGCCGUCCACACCCCCUGUACGGCGGCUGGAGCUGCUGCCCAGCACUGAGAGCCCGGGGUGCUGGCUGGAGCAGUCCGAGGGCCACUUGCGGCUUGCAGGGCCGGGCUGCAAAGCUGGGCUGCUUCCCAAUGAGCCCCUCCUCGCCCGGGCUGGCUUCUCCCCAGACUCCUCCAAGGCGGACAGCGAUGCUGCCUCUUCAGGGGGUUCGGACAGCAAAAAGAAAAAGAGGUACCGGUCUCGGGACUACACAGUGAACUUGGACGGGCAGGUGGCUGAGGCAGGUGUGAAGCCUGUGCGGUUAAAAGAGCGGAAGCUCACCUUUGACCCCAUGACAAGACAGAUCAAACCUCUGACCCAGAAAGAGCCAGUGCGGGUAGACAGCCCCGUGCAGGCAGAGCCGCCGGCCAGGACAGAGCAGGACAAGCUGGAGGUCAAGGCCAGCCUGCAGAGCCCCUUCGAGCAGACAAACUGGAAGGAGCUGUCGCGCAGCGAGAUCAUCCAAUCGUACCUGAGCCGACAGAGCAGCCUGCUGUCCUCAUCAGGUGCGCAGACUCCAGGCGCACACCACUUCAUGGCCGAGUACCUGAGACAGGAGGAGAGCAGCCGGCGCGGGGCCCAGCAGCCACACGUGCUGCUACCGCUCGAGCCACCCAGCCACCUCCCAGGACUCACCCGGGAGAUCACGCAGGACGAUCUGGACAGAAUCCAGGCCGGCCAGUGGCCGGGGGUGAAUGGGUGUCAGGACACACAGGGUAACUGGUAUGACUGGACGCAGUGCAUACCGCUUGACCCGCACGGUGACGAUGGGCGCUUGAACGUUCUGCCUUAUGUCUGCUUGGACUGACGGGUUGAGGCGUCCACAAAGUGCAUUCCCGCCUGGCUGGAACCGGGGCAGCGGGUGGCCGGGCCCAGCGUCUUCCGCUCCUCACCAGCCUGGGGAGGUGGGCCCAGUGGGAGGCGUGCAGUCUCUUCCCUCCAAUCCUCCUUCUUUUGUGAAAUGCUGCUACCAGGUUACUAACAAAACUGCAAAGGAAGGACGACGGCGCAGAAGGAAGGGCGGACCGACGGCAAGGGAGUUCAGAACUCUAUAGCAAACCAGCUAUAAAAGCAUCAGACCCCCUACACCCCCUGCAGGGUGUGGGCACUUUCCACACCUGAGUGCUGGGCCCCCCUGUGGCAGGUGGGCGGGCAGGCACAGACAGCCCAGGGAGAGGUUCCCUUUACACAGCGACAGACAACAGACGCACGCAUCUCAUCUCUGCAUUUUCUGUUCUCAUCAGGCCGACAGUGGGCCGCACCUCAGCCUCUUCUCACCCCCACCCAGCCACUGUUGAGCCAGUGUUUUCUUUCUGUCAUUUGCUGGAAGCUUCUUGGCCAUGGUGAGCCAUGGGCAUUGGGUGGGCAGGCCAAUUGGCCACCAGCCCCACUCACACUCCAUGGGUGGAUCUGCCCACUUGUAUCUGAUUUCAGUUCAAACCCAGUUCUUACAUGCUGCAGAAGUUUCAGUUUUCAAGUUUCUUUUCAUCCCUUCCUCCAUCUGACCACCAGCCAGAUAACUUUCCUUCUCCUUUCCUUUUCUCUCUCCUUUCCUUUUCUCCUCUCCUUUACUCUUCCUGCACUUUUAGAAAAUUUCAGCUUUCUAGAACCCCUUUCCCCUACCACAAAGUAAGCGCGGGUGCUACUGUGUGUGAGCUGUUCUCCUGGGUGAGGGAGAUGUGUCUGUACGCUGGAAACACUCAGAACCAUUCCUUUAGAUUCGUUUGCCUUAUGGUUAUCUGUCAUAAAUGCGAUUUGCAAAAACAAGGAGCCUUAGUGAAUGUACAGUACUAGACUUCUGUGUUCUCUAGACGCAGAAGGAAGCAACUUUGCUAUUUGGUCCAGUAAGUGGACACCUUGUGAUAUAAAUGUGGAAAUAAUAAAAAAAAAAACAUUUGCACAAACCAGCUCAGAUAUGAGUCAUUUCUCAUUUAGACUCACGCAGAGACCCACGCAGCCAAACUCAGCCUGUUUCUGGACUCAAAUUGGCCACAAAGACCCUGGCCCAGCAUCCAGAGGUUGUGGAGGCAGGGCACAGCAGCCAAGCUGCUGGUUGGCCAUCUUUGUAGGACCUCCACCCACUUCACUCAU